UCCCAGGAGCCCAGAGUGUAGCAGCAUCCCCCAGUCUAACCAUCCUGCUUCCAACCUAGCCCUCACAGCCGUCAUCUAGGGUAGCAAUUCCUGUGAAGGAGGGGCCGCUCAUCAUCCUCAUCAACUACUAAAUGACUGCCACCCACAAGUACUGAUUUUUCUUUAUUCCAUGGAGACUCUUCGUCUUUGGAGCCUGCAGAAGCAGAGAGAGAACUCAAAAGCUACUGGACUGAUGUCAGGCUGAUCUCUGCUUCUUUGAUGUCCAGCUCUCUUCCAGCAAGAACGCUACAUCCCACUUUGAAAACAACACCAAAAAUGGUAGGAUCAAACUCUGGCUUCCUAAGAAAAAAAGAAAAUGUUUUGAUAUUCCUCAUGCAAGAAUUAUACAGACCAUUCCUUGUUCUCUUUCAUCUGUUCCUAUGGUACAAACUUCCUGGAGCUAGAUGGUUUCCUAAAACCUUGCCUUGUAACGUGACUCAGAACAUUAUGGAAGCCAGUGUGAUGGUCAAUUGCACUAAUAAACAUCUCACAGAAAUCCCAAAAGGAAUUCCUUACAAUACAACCAACCUGACCCUCACCAUCAAUCACAUCCCCAAAAUUUCCCCAAACUCUUUUGAUGGCCUGAAAAAUCUGGUGGAAAUUGAUUUCCGAUGCAAUUGUGUUCCUGUCAGACUAGGGUCAAAAGACCACAUAUGCACCAAGAAGCCAAAUAUCAGUUUUGGGAGCUUUAGAAAUCUCACUAAGUUGAAGUCAUUGUACUUGGAUGCAAAUCAACUCUCUGAGAUACCUUUGGGCCUUCCUUCCAGCUUACAGCUGCUGAGUCUUGAAGCAAACAACAUCUUUUCUAUCACCAAAGAGAACCUGACUGACUUGGACAACCUAGAAAUACUCUAUCUGGGCCAAAAUUGUUAUUUCCGUAAUCCUUGCAAUGUUUCUUUUUUUAUAGAAAAAGAUGCCUUCCAGAGUCUGAGGAAUUUAACAGUAUUAUCCCUAAAGGCUAACAAUUUAACUACUGUUCCCACUACUUUACCAUCCAGUUUAACAGAACUCUACCUUUAUAACAAUAUUAUCCAAAGCAUUGAAAAGGAUGAUUUUCAAAACCUCUACCAGUUACAAAUUCUUGACUUAAGUGGAAAUUGCCCUCGUUGUUUCAAUGUCCCCUUUCCUUGUAUCCCUUGUCCAAAUAAUAGCCAAUUAAAGAUCCAUCCAGAUGCUUUUGAUUCAUUAACUGAAUUAAAAUAUUUGCGUCUCCAUAGUAAUUCACUCCGGGAUAUACCUAAGAGUUGGUUUAAAAACACUAACAAACUUGAAGAACUUGACCUUUCCCAAAACUUCCUGGUCAAUGAAAUUGGAGAUGCCAAGUUUUUGUAUUCUCUUGACAGUCUCAUAAAACUGGACUUGUCUUUUAAUUACGAACCGCAGCUCUACUGUGCUUAUUUGAACUUGUCAAAAGCAUUUGCUUCAUUGAAAAAUCUGAAAAUCUUGAGGCUCAAAGGGUAUGUCUUUACGGAAUUGAGAAGAACCAACCUCUUACCCUUACAGAAUCUCUCACAGCUUGAAGUGUUAGAUCUUGGCACCAACUUUAUCAAAAUUGCUGACCUGGGUGUGUUCAAAGAAUUCCAAGCUCUGAAAAACAUUGAUCUUUCUGUUAAUAAAAUAUCUCCUUCUGGAGAAUCAAGUCAAAAUGGAUUUUGUUCAAUGGCCAGGACUUCUACGGAGUUCCAUGCUUCCCAAGUAUAUGAAUCUAUGCAUUAUUUCAGAUAUGAUGAGUUUGCCCGAAGUUGCAUGUUUAAAAGCAAAGAGAAGCCUUCUCUCUCACUGAUCAACAAUAACUGUGAGUCAUAUGGAAAAACCCUAGAUUUAAGCAGAAAUAAUAUAUUUUUUAUCAAGUCCAGUGAUUUCCAGGAUCUUUUUUUCCUGAAGUGCCUGAAUUUAUCAGGAAAUAGCAUUAGCCAGGCUCUCGAUGGCAGUGAAUUCCAACCUUUAGCAAAAUUGAAAUACCUGGAUUUCUCUAACAACAAACUUGAUUUGCUUCAUCCAACAGCUUUUCAGGAGCUGCAGGAGCUAGAAGUUCUAGAUAUUAGUGGUAACAGUCACUACUUUCUGUCAGAAGGGAUUACUCACAUGCUUAAUUUCACCAAGAACCUACCUGUGUUGAAGAAAUUGAUGAUGAAUGGGAAUGAUAUCUCCACCUCCACCAGCACAGAAAUGGAAAGUGAAUCUUUAAGGAUUCUGGAAUUCCGAGGAAACCACUUAGAUAUUUUAUGGAGAGAUGGUGAUAACCGAUAUUUGCGACUCUUCAGGAAUCUGAUCAAGCUGGAGGAGUUGGAUAUUUCUGAAAAUUUCCUCAGUUUUUUGCCUCCUGGAGUUUUUGAGGGCAUGCCUCCGAAUCUGAAGACUCUCUUCUUGUCCAGAAAUAAUCUUAAGUCUUUCAACUGGGGCAAGCUCAUCUGUCUUAAAAAUCUAGAAACACUGGAUCUCAGUUAUAAUCAUCUGACCACUGUUCCUGAAGUACUAUCCAAUUGUUCCAAAAGUCUCAAGAAACUGAUACUUAGUCAUAACCACAUCCAUCGCCUGACAAAGAAUUUUCUCCAGGAUGCUUUUCAGUUGAGAUAUCUGGACCUUAGUUCGAAUGAUCUUCGUGUCAUUCAGAAGUCUAGCUUCCCAGAAAAUGUCCUUGACCAUCUUGAUAUGCUGCUUUUACACGGCAAUCACUUUUUGUGUAAUUGUGAUGCUGUAUGGUUGGUGUGGUGGAUUAACCAAACAGAGGUCACUAUUCCUUAUUUGGCCACUGAAGUGACCUGUGCAGGACCAGGAGCACACAAAGGCCAGAGCUUGAUUUCACUCAAUUUAUAUACGUGUGAGUUAGAUUUGACUAAUUUUAUUCUGUACUCUAUCUCAGUAUUCAUUAUUCUUUGCCUGACGGUUGUUCCAGUCACAAACCACCUGUAUUUCUGGGAUAUGUGGUAUAGCUAUCAUUUCUGUAAAGCCAAACUGAGGGGAUAUCAACGUCUCUCUUCAACAGAUUUUUGCUAUGAUGCUUUUAUUAUUUACGACACCAGCGAUCCAAAGGUGGGAGAAUGGGUUAUCAAAGAACUGAUGGUAAACAUUGAAAGCCGAGGAGAUAAGCAAUUCAAUUUAUGUCUUGAAGAACGAGACUGGUUGCCAGGAAAACCAGUUUUGGAAAACCUUUCCCAGAGUAUACAACUAAGCAAAAAAACAAUAUUUGUGAUGACGAAUGCCUAUGUCAAGUCAGGGAACUUUAAGACAGCAUUUUACUUGUCACAUCAAAGGCUUAUGGAUGAAAAACUAGAUGUGAUUAUUCUGAUAUUUCUUGAAAAAGCUCUUCAGAGAUCUAAGUACCUCCAACUCAGACAAAGAUUGUGCAAGAGCUCUGUCCUCGAAUGGCCCACCAACCCACAGGCUCAUCCUUAUUUUUGGCAGUGUCUGAAAAAUGCCAUAGCCACAGACAAUGAUACAGCCUACAGUAAGGUGUUUAAAGAGACGCUCUAGCUCUCUUCUUCACAAACUACUCUGUGGAAAAAGUUUUCAGAGUUUCAUAUGGGACAUGAAGAGAGUGCCCCAUUGCCAAUUUUUUUGGGGGAGUGAGGCAAUUGGGGUUAAGUGACUUGCCUCGGGUCACACAGCUAGUAAGUGUCAAGUGUCU